AUGGGGUCACUACGAGAGGUACGUGAAAGCAUAAUCUCCGAAGAAGAGCCAUCAGAGGCAGUUGCUUUACUACCCAUGAAAUCAGAUCAGGGUGGACCACGAAAACGUGAUAUUGAACUUGAAAUUGAACCACUUUAUGUCAAAGAAGAAAUAGAUGAUGACUACUACUUGAAGUUUUCCCCUAAAUAUAAGCGUCGUCACGUGGAGCUGGUCUUCUCCGAUGCUAUACUGUUAGUUCUUGAUUUUCUGCAAAUCUACUGUCUGAUCUUCUCCAUUGCACUGCGAUGGACUUGGCCUGAAGACUGGAGCUACCACACUCGAUUCCUUUUUCUUUUUAACCUUGACAUUUGGGAGUUUAUAAAAUUGCAGCUGCCCGGGGUUUACAAACCUGCAAGCAACUACUACAUCCCCAGUAGCGAAAUGCUCAUCGACUAUCGUUUAUAUCUAUUAGCGUGGGGUAGUCUCGUCUUCCUCUUCAUCCUUUCAUUCAUCUGUAUCUAUAUUUCCAUUAACAUGAAGAAGAAUCCGAAUAUGCUGGUUCAGCUGGCCAGAUUGAAACGUGUCUAUAUCACUCUCUGUCAGGUGUUGGCGCUGCCAUUCGGUGUCGCGAUUUGUCGCUUGUUCUUCUGUACCCCUUAUGUUGAUCUAUUAGACGUUCACAAUGAGAUAACCUGCUGGACGGGUAUUCACUUCGCUUAUAUUUUACCGUUCCUAGCCAUCGCUAUAGUCUACUACAUAGUUUUCCCUAUCUGGAUGAUUUCCAAAAUCCGGCCGCAUUUAGUCAGCUCCAAAGCCGAAAGACAUGAAGGGUACAUCCAACUCAAAGAAACCGAGUAUGCCCACUCCCUUGGAACGUUGUGGCUGGUCAACCUGUAUUUCCUUUUCUCUUCUUUCAAGCGUUUUCACGUCUACUAUCGUCCAAUUAUCCACAUCUUGAAAGGAGUUCUUUUACUCUGGUAUGCAACUUUGUUUUAUGAAAAAAACUUCCAGAUUGGUCUUAUUCUUGUUUCCUUGUUAAUUGUAUUUAUCAUAAUCUGUGUUCGGCGACCGUUUCGAGUUACCUCAUACAAUUUUUACAUCAUAUUCAAUUUUGUGUGUUUGUUGAUUGUCUGUUUUCUUGGCCUGUUGGACAGUUUUGGCAGCAUUCGAUCUGCAUUUCUUACUCCAACGUACCUGAUUUGGGAACUCGCUGGUAUUGUCGGUUGUUGGGUUAUUGUCACAGUAGUAUGGCUUAUAUAUAUCAUAUGUCGUUACAAUGGAUGCUGCUGCAGAGAUGAUCCGUUGUGGCCACGUAUGACAUCCCAUGGACUGGACGAAUUGAGUGACGAUACACGUAAAUACAUGCAAUCGUUACUGCAUGGACGUAUAGUGCUUGAAUAUGCAUUGACGACAUCGCCAUUGUUCAGCCCAGCACACGAGUUAGCUAGGCAGAUUCACAUCAUCAACGCUUACUCUCGUGAAGCCGAACUCCUCCGCGAUCCAAUCCAUGAUGCGCUAUGGGAUCUGUUAGAUGAUCUGAUCGAAGCGCAUUCCAAGAUCGCGCCCAUAUCACUGUUUGCUGAGUCUGUGAAGUCUUCUAUCAGACAGACUGCUGGUGACUUGAUGCGUGUUAUGCCGGCAUUCAAGCGACGUCUGGCACAAAGAGAAUAUGAUUUCUGUUUGAUGACACCCGAAAAGAGGCGCAUGCUACUUAAGAUGUACAUAAUAGGUGUCUUUGUAAAUGACAGGCGAGAUAGAAGUCGUGAUUACCAGAAAGCUGACGUGGUCAAGAAAUUAUAUAAUCCUAAAAAAUCCAUUGUGUUACAGACCAGAGAUGUUGACUUUGAUGAUGACGAUGAUGAUGUUGGUUACUAUGACGAUGAUGAGAAUAUGUAUAGUGAGGACGUUGGACUUGGACCUACUGGUCCAAGGACGACAUACUCCCUCUACAGACCUGAUACGGCCGAUAGUGACAUUGUGGACCUCAUGUCAGAUGAAGAACUGGCUGAAUAUGAAAGACGCAAUCGACCAGCCAGGAAUGAUACCUUCUCAUCAUUAGAUGAUUUGAAUGAUUCUAUUGAUAUCAACGCUAUGAUGGCCGGUAUUCCAAGCUUAACAGCUUCAAGAAGCGCCAGCGCUGCCUCGGUGCCAAAUUCUUUCAGCAGCCGCUUGGACCUCGGUAACAUGAUCAGUUCUCAAGAUCUGACAACUGUCAAAGAUGAAUCAGCUGAUGUAACAAUAGACAUGGAACCUGAACCAGAAAGACAAUCCCAAGCCCCUCAACUUCAAGAGGAAGAGGCAGUCUCCAUGGUGACUGAGACAGCCUCUGUGAUGACUGAGACAGCUUCUGCAGUGACUGAGCGUCAGACUGAUGAUGGCAGUGGAAAAGAAGUGAAAAAAAAGAAAAGUAGUGCUAAUUUACUCCCAAAAAGUAAAAAGGUCUCCAAGACCACUGAAGCAGCUACCGCAGUGACAGAGCCUCAGUCUGACAAUGAAAGUGGGAAAGAAAUGAAGAAAAUGAAGAGCAGUGAUGAUUUACUUCCAAAAAAGAAAAAGAAAAAAAGUUCCAGCAAGAAAAAGAAAGGCCUUCAGAAAAAAUAAUAGAUGAGCUUUACUAAAAUAAUUUUGCAUCAUUUCCACUUGUUCAUUCCACAUGUGAAUCAAGUAUGCCAAUGUAUCAUUUUUAAGUCUAAGCGAAUGAGUGCGAAAAUUUUUAUUAUUAUGUAGAUAAAUAAAACAAUACCAUAUUUGCUGUAUUAGAUGCACUAAAGCAACAUAGAUGAAUCGUUGUGAAUUACUACGUAAAAUACGAUCAAAACUUAUAUGAUUCACUAUUAGAGAUGUACUUUGCAUAAAGUAAAUAUGGUGAUGUUUAUUAUGUAUAAUGCUAGUAACACGUAUGUUACUUACAUUACCACCUGAGGGGGCUAGAUAGUUACAUACUGAGACAUGUGACAGUUACUGUAAACCGCUGUAACAAGGUCAAUUGUGAAAAAUAAUUGGGGU